AUGAAAUGACUGAGGUCAUUAUAAUUGUUGGUGAAAAAUAAUACUGUACACUUUUACAAACGAAGUUGGAGCAUUGGAAUGAAAACUGUAGAAAGUUUGUUGUUUCAGAGGCGAAGUUGGAUCAGAAGGUCACGUGAGGUGAAAACAGGUCGCGUAAGACUGGAAAAGAGAGGUCGGGUACGGAGGUCACAUGAGACGAGCAAAGAUAGGUCGGGUAUGGAGGUCACAUGUGAUGAGCACAGAGAGGUCAGGUACGGAGGUCACAUUAGACUAGCAAAGAGAGGUCGGGUACAGAGGUCAUGUAAGAUGAAG